CUCAGAGAGUCUCCCUCUUAUUCACUUUCAGAAGCUUUUUCUCUGCUAAAAAAAAGGCAGCACCUUUAUCACCCCUCUGCGAUCUCAACUCCCAUUUCAUCAAUGACACCAUUCAUUUCCACUCUUAUAUAAAACGCACCGUUUCAUUCUCUCUCUCUCUCUCUCUCUCUCUCAAGUCAUGGGCCACCACCACCUCCACAGCUCCUCCACCGCGGACGGCGGCGGCGUCUCCCAGCGCGUCAACAGCCCCAGAUUCUCCGGCUCCAUGACCCGCCGCGCCCACUCCUUCAAGCGCAACCCUUUCUUCUCCUCCUCCGCCGCCGCCGCCGCCGGCAGCAAUGACGACGGCGGCGGGUUCAGUACGCAGUACGAGGUGGACCUGCAGAUGAACUCGCCGAGAUACGAGAUCGGCGGAGGCGAGGGGCCCGAGUCGGCGGCGGAGAGGAAGCAGCAGCAGGGCGGCGGCGGGCAGGUGACGCAGAGGGCGGCGGUGAGAGGGUUUCUGAGGAAGCCGAUAGGGGCGGUGGUGGUGGAGAUGGGGUUGAGGGAAAGGAAGAGACUUGGGCAUUGGAUGUUCUUUGCGUUUUGUGGGGUGUGUUUGUUUCUGGGGAUUCUCAAGAUUUGUGCUACUGGUUGGUUUGGAUCUGCUAUUGAAUCUGCAAGGUCCAAUCAGGAUGCUUCUGGCUCAAUGAUGCAUUCAAAUCGGAUUGAUCAAAGCUCUCAUGAUUAUGGGUAUAGAGAGGGAGGAAGUGAUGUAGAACGGACUCUAAUGAUGGUAGCGUCUGGUGUUGUUGGUAGAGAGAACAGAGCUGAAUACACAGGUAUCUGGUCCCAACCCGACAGUGCUAACUACAGUCAGUGCAUUGACUAUCCAAAAAGCCACAAAAAACUAGAUUCAAAGACCAAUGGUUACAUUCUUAUAAAUGCCAACGGUGGCUUGAAUCAGAUGAGAUUUGGGAUUUGUGAUAUGGUUGCUGUUGCUAAGAUUAUGAAGGCAACACUUGUUUUACCUUCGCUCGAUCACACUUCCUACUGGGCUGAUGAGAGUGGCUUCAAGGAUCUGUUUGAUUUGCAACACUUCAUUGAGACAUUGAAGGAUGAAAUCCACAUUGUUGAGACAUUACCAGCUGAAUAUGCAGGAAUUGAAAUUUUCAACAAAACACCAAUAUCUUGGUCUAAGGCAAGUUAUUACAAGUCAGAGGUCCUCCCACUGCUGAAGCAGCACAAAGCUGUCUAUCUCACUCAUACUGAUUCUCGGAUUGCCAACAAUGGCCUCCCGCCUUCCAUUCAAAGACUGAGGUGUCGUGUAAAUUACAGGGCAUUAAAAUAUUCAGCUCCGAUAGAAGAACUCGGUAAAACCUUAGUUUCUAGAAUGAGGCAGAACGGAGGUCCUUACCUUGCUCUCCACUUGAGGUAUGAGAAGGAUAUGCUUGCAUUUACGGGCUGCAGUCAUAGUUUGACAGCAGAAGAGGAUGAUGAACUACGCAGAAUGCGCUAUGAAGUCAGCCACUGGAAGGAGAAAGAGAUCAAUGGGACAGAGAGAAGGUUGCUUGGUGGUUGUCCAUUGACCCCUAGGGAGACUUCACUUUUGCUCCGUGGGCUGGGUUUUCCAUCAAACACCAGUAUGUACUUGGUAGCUGGUGAAGCUUAUGGGAAUGGUAGUAUGCGACAGCUUGAGGAUGACUUCCCGAACAUCUUCUCCCAUUCUACUCUUGCUACAGAAGAGGAGCUGAGUCCAUUCAAGAUUCAUCAGAACAUGUUGGCUGGUAUAGACUAUGUUGUGGCCUUAGAGAGUGAUGCUUUUCUAUAUACAUAUGAUGGAAACAUGGCAAAAGCAGUUCAAGGUCAUAGGCGCUUUGAGAACUUUAAGAAGACCAUCAGUCCAGACAAGAUGAAUUUUGUAAAACUUGUUGAUGAUUUAGACGAAGGAACAAUCUCUUGGAAGAAGUUUAGUUCCAAGGUGAAGAAGCUUCACCAUGACAGAGAUGGGUCCCCAUAUCUGAGGGAGCCUGGAGAGUUUCCGAAGCUGGAAGAGAGUUUCUAUGCAAAUCCCUUUCCGGGCUGUAUUUGUGAAACAAGAUGGAAAAAGUAGAGGCCAGCUAACAGUUUUGCAUAUGAUUUUGUAAAUUCAGCUGAAUGCAAAGACCUCGAGGUGUGUUGUCGUUUUCAGACAUAUUGGCAGAGAAACGCCAAUCUGAAAUUUUCAAUUGCAAAUAGUAGGUUGAUGGGCUAGCGCACCUGCUCAUUUGGAAGAGAAGAAACAAUCCUGGGAGCAGUUGUGAAAAUCAAGGCAAGCAAAACUCGGAAGUUCUCUAAUUGCAAUUGUUGCGAGAGAAGUCCAGUGUAUAUUGUUCUCCAGAAGUCCAGAAGAACAGAACUACUCAAAGUAAAAAUUGAUACGGUGAAUAGUUCUACCUCAUUGCUACUGUACCACAACAAUUAGAGAACGCUGCUGUUUGGUUUUGCCAAUUGUUGAUUCUUAAAUUUCUUUUUGAGAAUAUGAUAGGAAUACAAGAGAAUGUGAUAGGAAAUGUAAUUUGCAACAGUAUGAAAUUGUAAUUCAAAGAGUCAAUUUUCUUGCGA